CAAUUAUUGAAUUAGAGAAGUCAGACCGCGAUGCAAACGACAAGGGAUGAGUCGUCACACCUAUAAAUUCAUGCUCCUAACUAUUUCAGAAAUCAGAAACCCUAGACUUCACAUGCGCUGCCACUUCUCUGAGAGUCUGCUCAUCUCUUUCGCUGAAAAAAGCCACAAUAGUAGCUAGCAAUGGCCAUCGCAUUCUAUGAUCUUGGCUCACCGACUGGCCUCAAGAAACUUGAUGAUUACCUCCUCGCUCGCAGUUACAUCACUGGGUACCAAGCUUCAAAAGAUGAUGUUACAGUAUAUGCAGCUCUGCCAAAGGCUCCAUCAUCUGAAUAUGUGAAUGUGUCCAGGUGGUACAACCACAUUGAUGCACUCCUAAGGAUUUCUGGUGUAUCUGCAGAAGGGUCAGGGGUCACUGUUGAGGGAUCUGCGCCCAUCACAGAGGAGGCAAUUGCAACUCCUCCAGCUGCUGAUUCAAAGGCUUCUGCUGCUGAGGUUGAUGAUGAUGAUGAUGUGGAUCUGUUUGGCGAAGAGACUGAAGAGGAAAAGAAGGCUGCGGAAGAGCGUGCAGCUGCCGUCAAGGCAUCUGCAAAAAAGAAAGAGUCUGGAAAAUCAUCUGUACUAAUGGAUGUUAAACCAUGGGACGAUGAAACUGACAUGAAAAAGCUCGAGGAAGCAGUUAGAAGUAUUCAGAUGGAAGGACUAUUGUGGGGAGCAUCCAAGCUUGUGCCUGUUGGAUAUGGUAUAAAGAAAUUGCAGAUUAUGCUAACCAUUGUGGAUGACUUGGUGUCCGUGGACAAUCUCAUUGAGGAAUAUCUGACAGUGGAACCAGUGAAUGAGCAUGUCCAGAGCUGUGAUAUUGUGGCUUUCAACAAGAUAUAAUUUGCGGACCCUUCUCACCGGGAUAAGGUGAACAAGAGUCAUCUACAAGUGAAGAUCAUGUAGUUGGGACUUGGGAGAAACGAUAUAAUAUUUUUUGACCACCUCUCAGCUAUUUUUACUGCUAGUGUUUCUUCAUUGUGAAUUCUGAACCUCGCUAAAUGGUUGUUUAUUAUAGUAUAUCAGUGGGUGGGUAAAAUAUUUUUUUCUGACA